AUGGCUGUAACUUUAUCCAAAAAUGCUUUUCUCAAUGUUUUAAAUCGGAUAAAGAAGCCUGAAACUCUUUUUGAUGGACUCCAAGUUCUGAGUGAAAUGUUUAUUUUCGCAAGUGAAGAUAUUUACGCGUAUAUAAAUAUCGAUCAAUUUGCAGAAGCGUUAAAUUCAAUUUUGGGCCAGUUUAGGUCCGAAGAUGUCGCAAUUCUUGCCACCCAGUGCAUGAUGCAUCUCUUAACUUUUCAUGGCCAAGCAAUAAAAAUUUUAUCCAAUUACGGCUUAAUAGAUAAUUUAAAACAAACAAUGCCAAAAGUCAAAUCACAGCAAUUACUCGAGAAUUAUUUAAACAUAUUAUGCACUUACGCUAUGGAAACUCCGUUUGAUUUCAUUCGACACUUUAAGACAAUGAUUUUCUUCGAAAUAAUGCCAAAAGUGUCAAUAAUAGAACAAAGGAGAGCUCUACAGGCCGUUGCAUUCCUCGCACAAGAGCAUUUAAUAUCAAAUUCGAUUGAAUACUACCAUAUCAUCAUAAAAUACAUGAGUGAUGAAGACCAAAGCCUAAGGAACUCAGCAUCAAGAGCAUUCCAACAAAUGCUUAACUCUUCGUCGCCUCAAUCAGUUCCUUACUCAGUUUUGUCUUUUUUACCAAACUUAAUCGUUUCUUCACCGGAAAUAACACCAUCCAUUGGGUAUUCGUCUAUAUUAUACAAUGCAGCAAAAGAUUCUAGCGUUUUACGUUAUUUUGUUGAAAAAACUCCGAAUUUUAGUCAAUUACUCACAUGCAAUGCGUGUUUGUCGAAUGCAACAAUAGCAAGUAACAUCCUCAAGCUCAUACAAAUACUUCUACCCCAACCAAAGCUUCCAAAAUCGAUUUGGUCGGGAAAAUCUUAUACAUGCGUCAAAGAUACUAAACCAAUCAUCCAAGCAUUAAUCUCAUACUUAACAAUAGGCAAUAUAUUCCACGAAGUACACGCAGUUUCGCUUUUAGGCGCAAUUUCGACCAUUACACCGAUACAACAUACUUCUGAAUUAAUCGGAGCAUUACUAAGACUUGCUCGAACAUCUAAAGCCGCCCCUUACGUUGCCUGCGUCGUUUACAGCUUCCCUGACAAACAAAUAGCUCAUAGAUCUGGAAUAGUUCCAAUUCUCGAGUCAGUUCACGUACAUACGACACAAGCUCAGUUUUACAAUGAAAUGCUACGUAAAAUAAACGAGUCAAAACCGGUAGAAAUUUAUGCACCGGCAAUGAUCGCUUAUUCACAAGAUAUGAAGGAGAUUGUUGAGUAUAUUCGCAAGAACCAUAUGAUGCCGUAUGAAUUUUUGAAAUCUUCUCUACUUGACAAGGUAAAAAAUAUGAUUUUAGCUGGAAUCUCAGGAAAAGUUGAUCUUUCGCCAAUAGUUGACUUAGCAUUUGGUGUUAUUCAGUACUACAGCAUUCCUUCUGAGAAAGAUCCCUUAAAAAUCUCUUCAUUUGGAGCAUUCAGCCAAAAAGUGAUGAAUUUCAAGCUGAAAAUGAACACAAACCAGAGGAACCUGAAUGUUCCACUCACAUCUUCAUUCCUAUGGGUAGAAGGCUGGUAUAACAUGAAUUCCAAAAAAUCUUUGAUGACAAAACUGAAAACUCUCAUUCAAACUGACUACUACCUAUCAGAAUUCAUCGAUGCGGACUCUUUAUCAGCCAACCAUGAGAUAUUUGCCUUGAUUUGUCGCGCAUAUAACGUUGAUGGCUAUUCCAAGUGUUCCUUUGCUAUUGACAACUACACGUUCAGUGCAUACGAUACCGUAACAUUCGCUCUAUCCGUUGUUUGUCCCGCCAUUCACAUGUUACGCUCAUCAAAUAUAACUUUGAAGAUUAUUGAGCAAGAAAGUCCACGAUAUCCCUUCACCAUCCAGAAAUUCGAGUCCAGCGAGCUUACCCGUGCAUUAGAUCUCCUUUCCGCCAUCUCUUCCAAGCGACCAGACGUUUCUAUCGUCAACACUUCAUUUUCCAUAGAAAUUACCUCGAAAUUUUCAUCACCACUAUGUACAUUGAUGAUGUUUGAGCCAGCGAUCAGACUUGUCUACUCCAUGCCAUCGAUGUUUCCUUUGGAAGACAGAAUGGCCGCAUUCAGAAGUGUUGCAAACCAUCCUUUACUUUCUUGUAGGGAAUUGUCAACGAAAUUCGAUUCAAAGUCAGACCAAUCGCUUAUUACUGACUUUCUGAGGCAUCGAAUCAUUGUUGACAGGCCGUAUUUAUACAAGAAAGGCAAGGAAGUGUUCAACAGAAUGUCUGCUUCACAGUUUUUCCUGGAUAUUUUGUUCGAAGGAGAGAAAGGAAUUGGAGAUGGCCCUACAAAGGCUUUCUACACGGAUUUCUCAGUGGAGCUCGCUUCAAACAAGAAUAUCUAUCUGUGGAGAAGGGAAAAUGACGAAUGCGGACUUUUCCCUUCUUUCGCUGCUUCUGAAAAAGAUUUGGAAUUUUUCGGAGGUUUUUUGUCAAAAUCGAUUUCUCACAAUCGACUUUUAGACUUGCCGUUGAAUCCUUCUUUCUUCAAACUCCUUCGCGGGCAAGAAGUAUCUAUCAUGGAAGUAGAUCCGAUGCUUGGAAGGUCUCUUGAAGUAAAAGACGGACUUUUCGGACUCGAUUUUUGUUACCCUGGACAUCCAGAAAUAAAAAUGGUUGAUGCAGGGGAAUCCAUCGAAGUUAACGAGCAGAAUGUUGAUGAUUAUGUUAGACUAGUCAAGGAUUUCACGUGCGGUAAUAAAAUGCGUGAAAAACUUCAAUCUUUUCUCGAUGGAUUCAACAAAAAUUUGCAAUUUAAUUCUUUGUCACUUUUUAGUGAAAAUGAAUUUUUAUUUUUGAUCAAUGGCAUCGACAUGAAAGUCACUGAGGACUAUCUCAGGAACAAUAUCGUAGUGGAGCAUGGAUACGACAUGAAGUCCCCUGAGAUAGAGAUGUUCGUAAAGCUGAUUCCGACUUUUGACAGAGAAACUUUUUCGAAAUUCGUCAGAUUUGUUACUGGAUGUGCACAUUUACCUGUAAAAGGAUUGGCAGGACUUGAACCAAAGCUGACAAUAGCAAAGAGAAUAACAGAAGGCGGUCAAUCUCCUGAUGAAACGUUGCCAAGCGUAAUGACUUGUACAAACUACUUCAAAUUGCCUCAAUAUUCAUGCAUUGAAGUAAUGAGAGAAAGAAUAUUAUUGGCUAUUAAUGAAUGCGCGGUUUCUUUUGAACUUUCUUAA